AUGACCGAUCAACCCUCGAAUCGCUCCCGACCAACAAACCCUCCAUACUGGGCGGACGAGUCAGCUGUGCCCUCUGCUGAAGAAUUGCAAAAGGAUGCCGAUUCGCUGGACGAAACGGCUGCCUACGUAGAAGUGUCAGAAGAGAGCCGAAAGAAAAUCGAAGCAAUCGAAAACGUGAUUGGCGAUUGCGUUUGUUGUUUGUGUAAGGUGCGCUACGACGACGUUUUCAAACUAGCCCAACAUCGCUGUCCUCGAAUUGCUCACGAAGAGUAUCGAUGUCCAGAAUGCGAAUACGGUCUAAUCUUUUCCUGUCCAGCUAAUCUGGCUUCACAUCGCCGCUGGCAUCGCCCGAAAGAACAAGCCGAAACGUUCCGAUGCAUGUCCUGCUCAUCGGCUUUCAGCACCCGUAAGGAGUUCAAAGCACUCCUGGUCUGCGAACAACGUCGGGCAACAUUGCCGUUCGAAUCGUUAUUUACGGGCCUUCUACCCUCUCCUCUCGCUCCUCUUAAACUCGAAAUGCAUUGA